GGCAUCAUGAUCAAUCAUCUAGAAGUUCUAGAAUGAAUUUUGUGCCUGGCCCGAGGAAGAGUUUCAAGCCGGGAUAAACACUAGCCGUUGUGAAUGGGAGACUGAACGUGACUUUGGUGCAGAAUUUUAUAAUGGUCGAAGGGAAUUUCUUCUACUGGUCGCAAAUUUGAAUCUACACAUGCAGAUAUUGAAAUCAGUAAUUAUAGUGAUAUAGAACAGGAUGGUGCUUUUGUUGGUACAGGUCGGGGAGGGAGAAAACUUUUAAAUGAUGAUACGUCAUUUCUUCGACAUAUAAACCCAAGAAGGCAUUCCCCUGGAGGGAGAGAUGGGCCUGCCAACCGUGGCCUUCCAAUUGUUUGUAGAGGUCCAAGAAAUGCUAGCCCAGGUAGUAUUGGCAAUGAUGGUUCUCCACUAAUUGGACUUAGGCCAAAUGAUAAGUUCAUGAGAGGCUUUCCAGAUGACAGCACUCAUCCUGUGUUUACCCGCUCUCAACCUCCAUUUGAAGGAUUAAACGGUCAAUUUGUUAGAGGAAAUAGAAACUUAUCUUCUGUCCAAAGAAGGGGAAUUCAUCGAAUUCGUUCUAAAUCUCCUAUCAGAGCAAGAGCUCGCUCUCCUGGUCCAUGGCCAUCUCCUAGGAGAAGAUCUCCAGAUGGGUUUGGUGGACAUCCAGAGUUAUCUCAUCGAAGAUCGCCACCAAUUUACAGGAUGGAGAGGAUGAGAUCACCUGAUCAUCCUUGUUUUCCUGGAGAUAUGGUUGUUAGAAGACAUGGUUCUUCUACAUAUAUGUCUCGACCAUCUAAUGAUUUGAGAGACAUGGAGUCUGGACGGGAUCAUGGACAUCCAAGGUCUGUUGUUUCUAAUAGGAGCCCAUCUGGUCGUGUUUUACUGAGAAAGAACAGGAGAUUCGAUAUGGUAGAUCCUCGAGAAAGAACUGAUAAUGAUAAUUACUUCAGGGGGCCAAUUAGUUCUAGCCGUUUUCAUGAACUUGGUAGUGAUGGAAGUGUUGAUGACAGAAGAAGGUUUGGAGAUAGACGUGAGCCUGUUCGUCCUUUUAGGCCUCCUUAUAAUGGUCCUGAUGAUGACAGUUUCCAUCUUAAUGGAGAGGAUGGUCCUAGGUCUUUGAGAUUUUGUCAAGAAGGUGAGCCUGAGUUUCAUGAAAGAGGGAGCUUGAGGGAAUUUGAUAGACGGGUCAAGAAUCGACCUGUGGAUGCACCUAGGAGAAUGAGAGGCAUUGAAGAUCAGGAAGGAAAUUUCAGGCAUGGUGCUCAAAUAUGGCAUGGUGAUGGGUUUAAUGGUAUAUCACGGGUUAAAAGAAAACGGUUUUGAUUAGUUUUAGGGUUAUAAUGGGCAGAAUUUUGUUGAAUUUACAUUCUACUUGACAUUCUCCAACCGGACAGAGAAUGUUAGUGAAUGCUAGCUCAGUUCAAAGGUUGGAUACUGUGCCUAAUGGUUCAUUUCUCUGCUGUGUACAUAGCUUGUUUCUUUUGGUACCAUGUAGGUUGAUUCUUCUUCAGACUCUUUACAGUUUCCUUAUUUGCUAAUUCAGAACGUUGGUGGUUCAGGACUGUUUCAGCAAGCCUUGUCCUUUAAUAAAUGCUUCAGCAAAUCAUUAAUGAUCAAGGGUCAUUUUGUCAAAGCCAUUCUGUAAAUUCUUUGGUCAUACUUGUUAGCUUUCUUAUAUGUUGCCUACAAGUCUAUAACACCUGAUGGACCAGAGCAUAUAUGCAGUGAGGAACCAAUUGGACUCUCAACUGAUAUUAAGGUCAUCAAGUUGGUGAUCAAUAAACUGAGUUAUUGACUAUUAUUUGCUUUUCCUUUUCUCAUUCCUCUUAUUCUGUUGCUGAAGUGAUGAUUUCUUCAAUUCUGCAAUGAGGGAUGAUUAUCGAUAUUGCUAAAUAUGAGAUGCGGGUUCAUUCAGUUUCUACAUGGACCUGAAGGUUAUGCAAACUACACUUUGUGUAGCCUAUUUUAGGAGGAAUAUUCUGGUUUGGAGGCAACUUACUCAAACUCCUAGACUGGUUUCCCUCUGAUUAGGUUUACUGAUCUGUUAUUGGUUGAGAUACUUUUUGGACUGGACUUUUUUUCUAAGGCAUACAUGUAAACCAUUUGCACUCCAACUGCUAUAGCAAAUUUUUGGAUUUGUACAUUGAAGGUUUUGGUUCCUCUGCUGGAGGUAAUGUGUGCUGAUAAGACGUCAAAGGCGUGAGCUUCAAGGGAAUGUGGGAUAUUAGAGAAGACAAUUGAUAUGUUGCUAGUUUUUUUGGUAGUAUCUACCAUCUAGACACUUAGAAAUUUACAUUUACUGCAGAUACUUGAUAGUGGUUGCUGCUUUCAUGUCAUGGCUAAUAAGUGAAAUCCUAUUGACCAGUAUUAUAGGCGUUUGCUUUGGGACAAUUCCUUUCUUCUGAAUUGAUUUGGUGCCUUGAAAUGUGGGAUGGCACUGCCGUUUGAAUUGGGAUAGCCUAUAUAUCUGAUGGCUUUGAUGAUUGAUUUCUUUGACCCUUGAUGUGGUUUGGACCUUGGCUGUGCUUGGCACAACAUGGAUAGUGAGACAAGGUUGAGAAAUGCGAUGCCAGUCAUGAAUGCAGGAGUUGAAUAUUGUUGAUAAUGGACCAAAUGGUUAAUUUAGGAAUUUGGGAAGUCAGAUAUGAUCGAUAAUCUGGUUGGCCAUGGACUAUGGUUCAAGUUACCAGUAUAAAGAAGAUCGUAGUUAAAAAAAAAAAAAAUGUCACUAGACAAUUUUGGUUGGCAUCUCCUUUGGGAUUAAACUUGGGAAACCAUUAGAUUCAUAAACUCAUUAAUUACUAACUGAACUAAUUUCCUAUGAUGGUAAUAUAAAUUGGCUGAGGUGCUUAGCCGGCUUUAUUCUUAAGGAA